UUUUUAUUUAUUUUUUAUUGACAAAUGUUUCGUUUUAUGGGGUCUGGUUCAAAUAUUAUUACUCUUAAGAGAGUUGCUAAGUUUUUUUCGACAGAUGGAAGUGGUGGUAUUUAUCAAACAAUUUUACCUGUCCUUUCAAAAUUUGAAAAUGCUGGACUUGAAUAUUUUUAUGUUUAUUCUGAUAAUAAUAUCCUCUGUCGUGUUCCAGAUCUGCAAAUGGUCGGCUGUGCUGUUGACAAAAAUGCAAAUUCGAAUUUGAAGGUAUUUAAUAUGAUGAAUUAUACAUCUCUUCUUGGGCAAAAUAUUUAUUCUCAGCAGUUUCAUAGUCAUCGACAAUAUUCGUCUUCAGCUAAAGAUAAUGGAAAGAAGUUUCGAAGAUUUGAAUAUCUUAGAAAUCAACUUUUUACCUUGUCGACUUUAGGAACAUUGAUGAUCCCACUAGGCGCUUUUGUUGGUUGGCAAAUAGGAACUGCACUUUUCGAGAUUCACUCACUCGCCGAAAAGCAAUCGCAGCAACAUUCUAUCGAUGCUGAGCCUAAACCUGCAUGCUCUGAAACAGUUUCAAAUGUUCAAGAUUUUGUUCUAGUUCAGCCAGAUCGCUGUUUUGAUAAACUAAACUUUUUAACAGAUGAAAUGAAAAAAUUUUAUGACACUGGUCUUGAAGCCAUUUCUAAAGGCAAACUAGCUGUUAUAACACUCACUACUGGAGAAGGAUCUUCUAUUCCAAAUGGUAUUAUAAGUCUGGGAACUUCACUUGAAGAGGAAAAUGACUCCAUUUUGUUUUUGCAAGCAGCUCAGAUUAGUUAUCUUCAACAAAAAGCUAAGGGAAAAAUAAUUUGGAUGAUAAUGACUAACAAAUCUUCAGAAGAAAAAAUACGUAAACACUUGGAUAUAAUUUUGAAAAAGACAAAAUUGGAUGCGAAGCAGGUAUUCGUUUUUGUCCAAAAUGAAAAUCCUACUCACGAUUUUGAUGGCAAAGUUCUUUUAUCUUCACCUUACCAAAUUAAUACUUUACCUGAUGGAACUGGUGGUAUUUAUCAAGCAUUGUUGCCCGCCCUUCCAAAGUUUGAAAAUGCUGGACUUGAAUAUUUUUAUGUUUGUUCCGAUAAUAAUAUCCUCUGUCGUGUUCCAGAUUUGGACAUGGUUGGCUGUGCUAUUGACAAAACUGCUGAUUGUGUUGUGAAGGUAAUUGAGAAGAAAAUUUCUUCAGAAGAAAUUGGAAAGCUUAAAGUCUUAGAUUUUUCAAAAAUUUCAAAAGAAGUAGCCGAGAAAAGUGAUCCGAAGAAUCCACAUAAAUUGUUCUUUCGUGAAGGAAAUAUUAACAAUUACUUCUUUACUCUCGACUUUUUAAAAGAGGCCUGUUUACAAUAUGAUUCUUUGCCAUUUCAUGAAUUACGUGAGCGUAUACCCUUUUGGAAUCCGUCUACUCGAAAGAUUAUAUAUCCGAUUGGUAAGAAUGGAAUUAAGAAGGAGCGAUUUAUUCUCGAUGCUUUUAUUCAUGCUAAUAAUUUUAUGCUCUGGCAAAUAAAUGAAAAUGAAUUUUGUCCAUUGAAAAAUUCUGAAGGCGUUGAUUGUCUUUCAAAGUGUGUUUUGGAAUUUAAUUCUUUUGCUGGAAAUGAGAUUCGAGAAAUGGUUAAACAAUUUUGUAGGAAGAAGAGAUGAAACUGAUUUUGGUUUUGAAUUUUGAUGGGUUUUUUUACUUUUUGAGGAAGGGAGAGAGAGGA